CCGCAUCCGCGCCGCGCGUCAGCCGUACGUGCGCGGUUGUCAAAUUUUCCCGCCAAACUAUAUAAACACACUGUGUGUAUUUAAUUUAAAAAAAAAGUUAAGUGUUGUGUUAUUUAUAUUAAUAUCCAACGAAAUAUCGAAGAAUAAAGGAUUUCAUCAAAUUCUGAUGCAACUGAGGAUGAUAUAGACAAGGAGGGAAACAUUUAAUUAAAUUGUGCAGAAAUUAAGUACUAAAUAUGUCCACUACCGCCGAAAAUGGUGUCGUCGAAGAUGCACAAGGCACCACAUAUUAUUUUUCAAAAGAACGUACAAGCGCAACGCCAUGGCAAAGGAUCAGCUUAUUCUUCUCCAUUUACUGGAAAGCUAUUAUAGUGGUUCUUACUCCGCUGCUUUUAUUGCCUAUACCAAUCACGAAUUCGGGUUCAGAGUCAGCUAAAGCCUUCAAAUGUAUGUAUGUAGUUCUGAUCAUGGCUAUAUAUUGGGUGCUCGAGCUAUUACCCCUACCUGUAACAUCAAUGUUGCCCAUCGUGCUCUUCCCAACUAUGGGUAUCCUGGAUUCUGACAAAACCUGUGCAGCGUAUAUGAAGGAGACUAACAUGAUGUUUAUGGGCGGUCUUAUGAUAGCGGCUGGGGUUCAACAUUCGAAACUACCGAAAAGGGUCGCUUUGUGGACUGUACAAGUCGUUGGAUGCUCGCAUAGACGCCUCAACUUGGGUCUUACAUUCGUAACGAUGUUCAUCUCUAUGUGGGUGUCGAACGCUGCCGCUACUACCAUGAUGGUACCCAUCGUCGAAGCUAUUCUUGAAGUAUUCGAACAGCAAGGACUUGGCGAUGUGUAUGUAAACAAAAAGAAGACGCUUCCAGAAAACGGAAAGGAAACGAAACAAGUUCAAGACAAAAGUACUGAGGAAGAAGCUCCGAUGCCCAGCGACAUUACCAUUUGCUACUACCUGAGUAUAGCGUACGCUUCAACCUUGGGAGGUUGCGGAACCCUCGUCGGAACAGCUACCAACUCCGCCUUCAAAGGAAUCUUUGAUUCAGAGUUCCCGGAAGUGUCCGGUUCUGUGGACUUCUUCUGGUUCAUGGCAUACAGCACUCCACCUAUGCUGCUUAUGCAGGCUCUGGUGUGGGUGUCCUUGCAGGUGACCUACAUGGGACUGUUCCGACCGAACAGUGAAGCUGCGAAGAGAGUCAACAGGGCGUCUUCUGGAUCUUUUAACACCAUGAAAAUCAUUAAAGAACAGUACAAGGGCUUGGGUCCUGUUACUUUCCAUGAAAAGGCUUCAGGUUCACUGUUCCUGUUUGCAGUGUUCUUGUACAUCUUCAGAAAGCCAGGAUUCAUGCCUGGUUGGGCAGAUGUUAUCACAACCAUGAAAGUGAAGGAUGGUGUGGUGUCAAUGUUCAUCGUUGUGCUGAUGUUCAUCAUACCCAUGUCGGUGGACUUCUUGAAGUUCUUCUCAUCAACUGCGUCCUACGAAGAGCUAUCCAUGUCGAAGCCUUCCACCGGAAUUGUUACCUGGAACAUCUUAAAGGAGAAAAUACCAUGGGGUCUACUGUUCCUACUGGGUGGUGGAUUCGCUCUCGCAGAAGGCAGCAAGGCAACAGGCCUUUCGUCAAUGAUCGGAACGUCACUUAACGGUCUGCACGGUCUGCCGCCGUCGCUGGUGCUACUGGUGGUGGUGCUAGUUACGCAGUUCAUCACCGAGUUUACCUCCAACGUUGCCAUCGCUAAUCUUAUUCUACCGGUGCUAGCUAACAUGGCGCGCACGCUGGACAUGGACCCGCGCUACCUGAUGGUGCCGGCCACGCUGGCGUGCUCCAUGGCCUUCCACAUGCCGGUGGGCACGCCGCCCAACGCCAUCGUCGCCGGCGUCGCACACAUACCCACCUCCAAGAUGGCGAUUGGCGGAAUCGGUCCCAAGAUAAUUACAACACUGAUCGUAUGGGGCGCUUACCCCACCUGGGGUUCUCUGAUCUUCAAACCAGAGGACAUAGCGGCCUUAGAAAAUCCCAGCACAUCGCAGAAGGCCACUCAAAACAUCACUCUGAACUGCAAUGUCAUGGCGAGUACUCUGGACCCAGACAAUGCUUUCAAUUGUACGCUACCCGCUUCGAAUGUAGCGAAUAAAUCUUUAGCUUUGCAGGUGAGUAACAGUACAUUCACAUGUAAUUACUUCCCAUUCAAUAAGAGCUAAAUUUAUAUAAAAUUUGUGUAUGAUAUUAAGGUCAUAUGGAACAACGGUUGCAACCAAAUUUGGCGCUUAUGUCGUAUUAUAAAGUUUUGCCAAUCUGAUAGUAUUUUAUUGCCAUGUUUAUGGUAGUUUUGUAAAAAAUUUAAAAGAACAUUUUAUUUGUAUACAUCAAAAUACGUAAGCGCUGUCUUAGCAUUUGUUGUGUUCAAUACAAACAAAGCAUUUAUACAUUUUCAUAUUAUGGGUAGAAGUACAUUACCAAAAUGUAUAUUUAUAUAUAAAUAUAUAUUUCAUUUCGAUAAAGUUAUUUUGUAAACGAACUUCUUUAAAACUAUUCACGGUUACAAGAAUUUAUGAAUAAUUGCAGUUUUUUUUUACUGUAGUUACAAUUAAACGCGAAACAAAGAUUGUUUACAAUAAAAUACUUUCGAAAUGAAAUGGAAAUAUUGUUCAUAUAUAAUCUUGAGUGAGAAAUAUUUUGAACGGUGAUGCGGGUGUGGAUUUAUUGUUAGUAAAUAUAAAAUAUAGCAGCGACAUUUAUUUGUUUGCGUGACACGUUAAAUUGUUUUAUAUAUUUUAUAUGUAGAGUCAAAACGAACAUUAUCACCUAAAGUCCCGCCGCUAAGGUAAUGCGUUUCUGACGUCUGUCAGUUGGUCAUAACAAGUGACCUUGUUGAGGGUUUAAUAAGAAUCUGCCACUAUGCCCUUAAAAUUGAAUUAAAUCUGUAACUUCAACCGUACCGAUGGAUUUCCUUCGUGUCUUCUCCAUCGCAAUUGACAUUGACGAAACUUUCUGCCCUAGUGGCACAACAAAAGACAACAUUGAAUUAGCUCAGUAUGAAAUUAAAAAAAGUUUCGUUUCCUUAUUUAUGUUAAAUUAAACUUAGCUCAUAAUUAUAAAAUUUAUUGUAAUUCACUUUGACAAGCUUAUCAAAUUAUUCUCUUAUUAGUAAAGCGAAUAAACUAUAAUAAUAUUUUUUAUCGUAAAUUGUUCACCGCUUCAAAAUUAUAGUAUCCAUUCGGUAGUGGACAUUUCAGGAAUGCAUUUUCUUACUGGAUAUUGUCAUCCAAUAGUCCGACGCGAUACGAAUUCAUAAGUAUCUGGUAAUUCGUGAAACGAUAUUGAGACUAACUUGUUCUUAAAAAUAACGCUAUUACUAAAGCAAGGGAGAUUGGUGACGAAACCCCCUAAUUCUGUGGAACCGCAAUUUCCCAAAACGCACUCAAAUAAAUGUCGUUGUAAAAUAUUAUGAUAAAAUAUUUUACAUCCAAACGGAUGUUCCUAGCUGUAUUUAGAUUAAUAAUAUUUUUAAAUAGAUCUGAUAUUUUUUCACGGGAUAGUUAUGAUAAAAUUAUAAUGUAUGGUACAUUUAUAAUUGAAUAUACCAGGGUGUGUGAUAACAUUUACACGUCAACUGCCAGCUGCCUUACCACUGGCAUGCCAGUAUAGUUAUGGUGAUCGUGUGUGAUAUUCCGUGACAUUUCCUAUAAACUUGUUUAACGAUCAUAAGUUUCGUAUUUUAUUUAUUAUAGGGACAAUUUAUUAUAAUUUUAUAAAAGUUGAUAUGUUUUUAGACUGAUAUUUCACUGUAAAUUAAGUGUCUACACUUAAUUUUGUCGGUGGCACAGAUAAAGGAAGUUUAUUGUAUUAUUUUAUCAAAUAAAUUCUGGCAUGCCAGUGACAGUUGGCAUUAUAUAUAUACGUGUAACGACCACUUUUGUAUAAAUGUCUUAUUUCAAAUCCGCGAAUAAUGUACUUUAUAUAUUAUAAACAUAAAUUUGAUUUAUUUAACUAACGAGAAUGCUCAUGUAUUUUGGUAUUGAUAUUUUCAUACAAAAUUAUAUUUAAAUUCAAGAUUAUUGUAACAUACAAAAGACGUACAGUUAUCCACAAUAAUAUGUAUAUAUAACAAAAAAAAGAAAAAAAAACUAUUUUUAAACAGUUUCUAUCAAACAAAACAGUUUAAAUUCAAGUAUUGAGAACAAUAAACCGUACCACAGUUGUUUAAGGUACCUUGCUAUACCUUGAUGUGAGGCUGACUGUACUUAGUAUGUAUUUAUUUUUAAAUAUUUUUAGAGUACAAUAGAUAAUAUGUUAAAGAAAAAUAUUUACUUUGUUUUUGUCACUGAAUUUAUAAUUUUAAAAUAUUAUUUUCUAGGCUACCAUUAGAAGUACUGAUGUAAUGCACAAGUAUAUAGAUUAAUAUAUAUAUUAAUAAUAAGUUUGGUAUACACUGUUAACAAUAAUUCCAAAAAAAAAAACCAAUGGAACCAAAAAGAA